AUGCCAUCCAACCAAAGAUCACACCACCCUGGUUAUGUCCAGCUCCAACAAAGAGACUCUACUGAUGACGACACUGCACUCUCUCCCUCUUUCUUUCGUUCCUUACCUAAAUAUCAACGUGACUACUUCCGAGAAACAAGUUUGAGAUCUUUCCGUCCAAAUAGUUUACCUGCAUGGAUCAUGGAAGGAAGCGAUAACGAAGAUCAAAAUGAGCAAGGUAGUAAUACUGAUCCGAAUUGGCAGCCUCCAAUGAAUACCUUGAGUUCAGCACAUGGCCCACCAAUUUCAAGAGAAGAAUUUAAAUCUAUAGUUGAAUCUGUCAGAUCUGCCAUCAGAGAAGGCACAUAUCCAAAACGUAUCAGCUCUGGUUCGAGUGGAAGUUACUUUUGUAAAAAUGUAGACGGAAAAAUUGUCGGUGUCUUUAAACCCAAAAACGAGGAACCGUACGGGCGAUUAAAUCCAAAAUGGACAAAGUGGAUGCACAGAAAUUUGUUUCCAUGUUUCUUUGGACGGAGCUGUUUAAUUCCUAAUUUAGGCUAUAUGUCCGAAUCGGCAGCGUCUCUUCUCGACCGUCGCCUGAAUCUCAAUAUAGUUCCAGCUACAGAAGUAACGCAUCUUUCAUCGCCCACUUUUCACUAUGAUUACCUCGACCGACGAGCUGCAAAGUCGAAACGAAAUCCCUUUCCUUUGCCGGAAAAGAUCGGCUCUUUUCAAGUAUUUCUUAACGGAUAUAAAGAUGCCGAAAUUUUUCUGCGUGAUCAUCCAUGGCCAAAUUCUACAAAUCAAGAUAUUAUUACUGCAUCGGCUGAGGUGAAUUCGGCAAUGGGAAAGGAAAAAAAGAAAAAAAGAUUGGGUGUGUUAGUAUGUAGAGGCGACGGUGAUGAUGACGAAGGUAAUGAAUACACGGAUAAUGAACAUAUAGGAAGGAAGUUUGCAUGGACUAAAGAGUUACAAGUACAGUUUAGGGAACAGUUUGAAAAAUUAGUUUUGCUUGAUUAUUUAAUGAGGAAUACUGACAGGGGUCUGGACAACUGGAUGAUUAAAUAUUGUGAAAAGGACUCUUCGAUACAGGUUGUAGUGUUACCACCAGAACCACUCACGAUGGAGGCUCCAUCAAAUCUGCGUCGACACAAAGUUUCCACGGACCCUUUGCCGCAAUCAAUAAAGCCCAUAACUCCCGAAAUUACGCCCGUCGGUGCAGAUGACGAUCCUCUAAGUGCUGUCAAUUCUCCAUCCUCAACCAAUACGAAUCUACUGUCAUCUGUUGCCUCCUCAUCGUCAGUUGAAGCUACAACACCAUGGCCUCAUGUACAUGUAGCAGCAAUAGAUAAUGGACUAUCAUUUCCGUUCAAGCAUCCUGAUCAAUGGAGGUCAUAUCCUUAUGGUUGGUUAUUCUUACCCGAUUCACUGGUUGGACAACCAUUCGCGGGAAAUACCAGAAAUCAUUUCUUGUCAUUAUUAACGUCGCAAGUAUGGUGGAAGGAAACAAUUGCAGAUUUAAGAGCAUUAUUUUCAAUGGAUGAUGAUUUCGAUGAAGGGAUGUUUAAUAAACAAAUAGCUGUUCUUAAAGGACAAGCAUGGAAUAUAGUCGAAACACUCACGCAACCUGAUCAAGGUCCACUUGAUCUAUGCAAUAAAGAGAAUGUAAUAGUUAUUGAAGAGGAGGUAGAGAUUGAAAUGCCAGAAGAGACUGAAAUUGAUAUUGCUGAUUUGGCGGGGCAAGACGACCAAAUUAACGAUACAGAAGAAAGUACGUCAUCACGUGCAAUACCAAUUCCAGCUGUGACACCUGGUUCAUAUGGUGGAUUUACAAGGAAGCAGAAAUGGACAGAAAACUUUAAAAGUAAAUUUGAUAGCUUGCGUGGCGUUCAGCCUUCAAAUAACAGAAGGACUAAGACUGUCAUUCGCGAAAGAUUGGAACCUGUCAAGGGCGCU